UAUCCAUCCGAGGGUCAGGUCAGUGUGGAUAUGUUAUGGACUCCAAUCGCUUUUUCUUUUGACUAAGGCGAAGGAGCCUCAGCCCCACCUCACUCGAGAAUCGGGAAGUGGAUUCUGCUUCUGGAAUUUUCGUUAGUUGUUUAUCCGUCUCAGUAAAGUUUCAGUUUCAGUUUCGUUUCUCUCUUCCCACGCGCGCUCUCGGUCUUCUCGGUUCCUCUCGCAUCAGGAGAUCGAUUGAUCAAAAUGCCAGAAAUACAGCUAGGCGUCCACACAAUAAGAUCUCAUGGAGCUCGAGUGGCCAGGUUUCACAUGCACGAUUGGCUUAUUCUGAUGCUGCUUGUGGUGAUUGAGAUCAUUCUAAAUGUGAUCGAACCUUUUCAUCGGUUUGUUGGCGAAGAUAUGAUGACAGACCUCAAGUAUCCUUUGAAAGAUAACACAGUCCCCUUUUGGGCUGUUCCGCUAAUUGCAGUAAUCUUGCCCUUAUUUAUCAUCGUCGUCUUUUACUUUAUAAGAAGCGAUGUAUAUGACUUGCAUCAAGCAAUCUUGGGUUUGCUGUUUUCUGUUCUGAUUACGGGUGUUCUCACCGAUGCAAUUAAAGAUGCUGUUGGAAGACCUCGACCAGACUUCUUCUGGCGUUGCUUCCCUGAUGGCAUAGGGGCGUUCCAUAAUGUAACAGGGAAUGUCCAGUGCACGGGAUUAAAGAGCGUCGUCAAAGAAGGCCAUAAAAGUUUUCCCAGUGGACACACUUCAUGGUCCUUUGCCGGUCUCGGAUUUCUUUCCUUGUACUUGUCUGGUAAAAUUAGAGUAUUCGAUCGUAGAGGCCACGUAGCGAAGCUCUGCAUUACGUUCUUGCCGUUACUAAUGGCUGCAUUAGUUGGAGUUUCAAGAGUUGAUGAUUAUUGGCACCAUUGGCAAGAUGUCUUUGCUGGAGGUUUAUUAGGGAUAACCAUUGCAUCGUUCUGUUACUUGCAAUUUUUCCCACCACCAUACGACGCAGACGGUUGGGCGCCCCAUGCUUAUUUCCACAUGUUGGCGGAGUCACAGAGCGUCAGCCCACCGGAAGCAAACAACAGAAAUAGGUCGGGUUUGAGGCAAACAGAGCUCGAGGGCGUGUAAGUAUCGAGAAAAUGCAAGAAAACACAUUAGAUUUUAGUGUUUUUGAUCAUAUGGUGCAGAUAGGAAAUAUGUUAGCUCUAUCUUUUUGCCCUUUCUCUACUACUCUUUUUUGACGACGGUGAUUGGUGUUCUUCAUCUCCUAAUUAUUUUGAUCGGGAAAUUCGACUUCUUUUGUGUGCCAGUGUCAAAAUAGUUGCUACUUGUUUUUCAUGGUGUUCGACUAUGGUAGUUAGUAGGCAUUUUGGAAUCUGGAAUCGAAUACCAUUAGACCACUUUCUGCAUCUGUUUCUUGAAGUAGGCUCAUGAAAGAUGCCGGGAUGAUUGCCUCGAGUUUUUAUAUGAUUUUAACUUAUGCCUCGAUUUUCUUUUAAGCUCUAGCGAUCGAUUCAGGCGACGUGUUAUAAUCCAGGCCAUCGAUGUCCUCAGCCUGUUUGAGUUCAGGUAAUCUUGCAUAUAUAUAUAUAUAUGUAUAGGGAGUUCAGCUUUAGUUUCUUGCUACACAUUGCUUGUUCAGUGUUAAUCUUAUUAGAAAAGAAUGAACAAAUGACUAUGUUUAUUGGUAUUGUCAAUUGCAUUUUCAUAUUAUUUUGUUUUGCUACAUUAACUAUUUAGUUUUAUUAAAAAUAUUAUAAUUGGAAGAUUAAAUCAAAGACAGCUAGUACUAAAUAUGAGUUUACUAUAAGGGUGUGUUUGUUUGGGGGUUUGGAUUUUGAGUUGGGAUUUGAAUAGUAAAAAUUUUGAAUUUGAAUAGUUGUAUUAUGUGAUAUAAAUAGGUGUUGAUGUGAUGUUUUGAAUGUAAAAUUUAUUUUUAGUAUAAUAUAAAAAAUAAAAAAUAGGUAUUUGAUUUGAUGUUUUUGGGGGGAAAAAAUUGGAUGAAUAGUAAGAUUUUGUAAAAAUCUUACAACACGAAUUAAUAGAAAGUAACAGGAUUCCCUUCAAUUUUAAUUGGCAAGGAAAUUUUGAAGUAUGGGUACGGAAUAUUUACAUGUGUGCUCAUUUGAUAGGUAGCAUGAGUUUCAAAAAAAAUAAAAAUAAAAAAUAAAAAUAAUCUAAGGGUGUGUUUGUUUGGGGGUUUGGAUUUUGGAUUGGAAUUUGAAUAGUAAAAAUUUUGAAUUUGAAUAGUUGUAUGAUGUGAUAUAAAUAGAGUUUGAUGUGAUGUUUUGAAUGUAAAAUUGAUUUUUAGUAUAAUAUAAAAAAUGAAAAAUAGGUGUUUGAUUUGAUGUUUUUGGGGGAAAAAAAUUGGAUGAAUAGUGAAAAUCCUCCAAAAUCCUUCAAACAAACACACCUGUACUUCUUUAGGUAAAAAAAAAAUAGAAAAAACAGGCAUUCUUUUUACUUAAAAAAAAAUAGAAAUAAAUUUAAAUGAUAAAAAAAAAAAAAAUUGAA